GCGCAGCUAAGGUUCAAGUACCUCGCUGCGAUGUUGGAACUUAUUUUUCAUCUGAUAUUUUAUUUAUUGCAUUCAAAUUGAUUGUAGCAACAAAUCCGGUCAGUGUACAAGUCCGCUCUGUGAAUUUUUCUAGUUAACGACAUGGCACAAGCGGUACCUUCAAUGAUGUCAUUAGAAAAUGAUGUUUUUCGUUCUUAUUUAUUUUAUUGUUCAAUUCUAGUUCUUAAAAUGAUGGUUAUGUCGAUUUUUACUUCUUCGCAAAGAAUUAAAUAUGGGGCAUUUGUUAAUCCAGAAGAUGUGAAAGCAUUCAAGCUGAAACCUAAAACAGAUGAGAAUGUAGAACGAGUUAGGAGGGCACACUUGAAUGACAUCGAAAAUAUUCCGUUAUUCUUUGUUAGCGCUUGGUUGUACAUCUUGACAAAUCCAGUUGCAUUCGUCGCUAAAACUUUAUUUUUGAUAUACACCAUAGCCAGGAUCGUACACACUAUUGUAUACGCAGUUUUCCCCCUUCCACAACCCGCUAGGGGAAUAUCUUGGGGUAUUGGAUUUGGAAUCACUGGAUAUAUGGCAGCUAUCAGUUUCCUCCAGUUCAGAUAAACAUUUAAUUAACCAAUAUAAUUUACUUUGGGUGUAUAAUUUUGAAUGUGUAAAUAAAAUAACAUUGUGACUUACUGAAAUUUAAAAAUCUCAUUGUGGUUAGUAAAAGAAUUUCUCGUGUCUUUUUCACUCCAAUAUUAUCAGCUAACGCUUAGACGCUCCCAAUUUUCUUAGAAAAAACUAUAAAAGGUAUAUUUGGCAGUGGCCAAUACCAGCUUUCUUAUUUUAAACUUAACCGCCUAUAUCCCAAAGAACAAUUGUCAAAAUAGAAAAGCAGUUUCGCGAGCUUCAUUUCAAUUUCAAUUUUAUAGGAAAUAAUAAUAAUAAUAUUAUAGGAAAUUAAAACGCAUCCCUAUAAAAUGAUACCAACUCAGGAGUUUAUGGAAGACGAUUUCGAUAGAAGGAAGUAUUUCUGGAAAAAUAAACAAUGGGCAAUAUUAGAUAACAAUGUGAUACAAUUAGAUGUUUUGUUUUUCGAUAAAAGUACAUUUACACUUAACGAUUAUGUUAGUUGUCUGAAUUGUCGCUGGUCUAAUGAGAAUCUUCACUGGAUAAGAAAAGAACAUACGUAAUAUCCUCAAAAAGUUGAUGAUUGAGCAGGAUUUGUUGGAAAUCAUAUCAUAGAUCCCUUUUUUAGUGAUAGUAAUUGAAUGAAGAUAAAUAUUCUGAUCUGCUCCAAAAUAAUGUAGUGUCAACUCAGGCAAACUUCUAGUCAGAGACAGAUCGGUACAAUAGCCAUCACGAUCUAUUAGACUUUUUCUUGUAGGAAUAUGUCAAAAAUAUUGUAUAUAAAAUAAAGUACCCCAUUAGAUGACUUACAAAGACAAAUCACGUUUGCGCUUUGAUUAGUUAUGCCUAAAUAACGUUAUAAGAUAUUUCUAUAACAACUGGAAGCAUCUAAAGCAGGGUUUCCCAACCUUUGUUUUGUUGAGGCUACCCAGACUAUUAAUAAUUUUUUCAUGCCCCCCUCUCUUUUCAAUAAACACAAAAAACGCACAUUAUGUACUUAAAAGCCUUUUAUUGAUAUAUAUAAAAUAAUAAAAUAAGAAUAGGUACUAAUGAGACACUUGAGAUUGAAUGUUCAGGACCAGUUGGUUAAUGCUAGGUUCUGUUUUUGUCAGAACUAUCAUUAGGUGGCUAUCGACAUCAAGACGAUUUCGCUGUUUAGUUUUAAUUAAUACUAGAGCAGAAAAGCCUGUCCCACACAAGUAAGUUGAAGAAAAGAACUAAUACUCGUAAAGCAAGAGUGGCAAGCUUCGGAUUAACAGGAAAUCUUUUGAUCCAAAAUUGCUGCAAUGUCAAAAGAUGGAAGUCAUCUUUCACGGACGAAUCAGCCUUCAUUUCUAGAAAUUCUUCCUGAACUUCUUCUGGUAACUGUAACACAUCGACAACAAAUGGAUUUCUUGACACGUGCCAUAUUGGUGACUCGGAAUCGAUGUCUCGAUAGUAUCGGCGAAAUUCGACUUCCAGCGCUUGCAAAUGAGCUUUUAUGUUAGCUUUCAAAUUUGCAUCCAGUGUGUUAUUUUUAGUUGCUUCGAACAGCCGAAAAAGACAUUUUCAGAAGAUAAUUUUUGAUUCCAAAAUUCGUUGGUUCAUCGAUACCAGAAAUAGAAUUUCAAGACCGAUAUGUGGUAAAACUUGGACAUCAAUACAGCCACUGGCCACGAUGGAAUACCACCAAUCGUAUUGAAGAAACUGACUUAACUAACAGAUCCACCAUACAAACUUUUUUCUCUUCCAUAAAAACAGGUCUAUUUCCUGCUCCUUUCUCGGGCUAUACUAAUAUCUACCAAAAAAGGAAAAAAAAACAGUUCCCAACAACUACAGAUUGCUUCAGUGCAAGCAAUUGCCAACGUUUUGGAGAAAAUCGUUAACCAGCUAACCUUGAGAUAUCUUGAGUAUGCUAACAUCAUCGCCACCAUCAAUACGGCUUUCUUAAACAUAGAUCAUCCCCUAAUAUCAUGGUCUAUGUCACCAAUGUAUGGACUGAAGUUAUAGAGACAUAUGGGGAAUCUCGAGCAAACGCUCUGGACAUAUGGAAAGCUUUUGACGAUCUUGGAAAGAUUCUGGAGAAGCAGUCUGAUUGAUGCAGCAAAUACUUAGGUUGCUCUUUUUACUAAGAACGCUGGCACUGCGGCUCAGGAUUUGGUCCUGCCGGGACGUGAAAUAUCACCAUUACCGCAAAUUUGUUGUUGUUGGGUGUUUAAGCUAGGUAAUAAGUUCUGGAAUAGUCCUGUGGUCAAUUAGCUAAAACAGUUUUUCAAAAACUUGGAGCCCUAUUUAAAACAAAAAAGCUGUAAUUCAGCUUGUAACUCUCUACAAUGCUCAUAUUCGCCAUCUUUGUAAUAUUGUUCGCUCAUUUGGAACUUGGCUACCAAGCAUACGCUGAGAAUGUUCGUGUGGUGGUCAUAAUGUGAGAACACGGUAGAAACCAAAAUUAUGUUCGUAACAGUUUUAAACAAUCUAGAAUUAGUCACUGUAUAAUUAGGAACGUAUGUAAACAAAACAAUGUGUUUAAUUAAACAAAACUCGAAUUGUUGACUAGAUUAAUAUAAAUUAAAUCCAGAAGGUUUAAAGAAUGUAGUUGAUAUAGCUGUAUUUAAUAUGUUUAUAGGUAUUGAACUUGGCCGUAAAUUGUUAGACGGUUCAAAACGUUAGGAUAUUUAAUAUGUUAUCUAGUGUGUAAUUAAAAACCCUGUCAUCUUGAAAA